GACUGCGUACGUACCUAAUUGAUCUUGCGAUAAAGUUGUGCCUACUUUUCAUGGAAUUCUUAGGAAUUGUUAUCGCUGUGUGUCUUUGUAUGCUUGUUUCUGUAGCAUUGCGUUUUCACCGACAACAUCAAAAGUAUGAUCAUCUCCCGGGGCCUCCCAGGGACAGUUUCUGGAGUGGACACAUUCCUUCUAUUGCCAAGGUGAUCGCUGCUGGUGGUAUUAUGGAUGACUACUUACUGGAAGUUUGUAAAACCCACGGACUGGUUUUCCGGCUUUGUUUGUGGAAUCAAGUUCUUGUUAUUGUAUUGGAUCCAGAAUGCAUUAAGGAUGUUCUUGUAUCUGGAAACCAUCCGAAAUCAAAACGAAUAUAUUCCGGAACCACUGGAGUGUUUGGUGCAAGGUUUAUGGACCAAGGACUUCUAACACAGGUUGAUAAUAAAUUGUGGAUAAUGCAGAGAAUGCACCUCGAUCAAUGGUUCAAACCACACUACAUUCGCCAGUUUGCAUCUGAAUUCAACGAGUUUGCCGAUCGUUACACAGAGUUCCUUGAAACCUAUGCGGAUGGCAAGACAGAAGUUCAUACAUUAAAUACGUUCAACAAACUGACGAUGCAUCUCUUGUACAAGGUGGCGUUCAAUGUUGAUAUGGGACCAUUAACUAGGGAGAACCAUCCCUUUGUCACGAAAAUGAAAACAGCUUUAUCAGGAUUUGCGGUGCUCGUUUCAAAUCCUUUCGUAGCUAUCAAUCCGCUCGAAUGGAGAUUUCGCCGUGAUGUCCGGGAAGCUAUUAAAUUUAUCAGACAAAGUGCAGAGCAAGUAAUGAAAGAGAGAAGCAUGGCGAAAAGCAACGGCGAAUAUAUCCCACGCGAUCUCUUAGAGUACAUAAUGGAGUUAAAAGAAAAACACCCAUCAAUAAUGACAGACGAAGUGCUGUUGGACAAUUUUCUGACAUUCCUGAUAGCAGGACAGGAAACAUCCUCCAACGCCAUGUGUUUUAUGAUUUUCCUUCUCGGGCAGAACCCAGAAUGUUACAAAAAGCUACAAAGAGAAAUUGAUGAAAACGUUGGCGCAGUGUCGGUGAUCACACUGAAUGAGCUUGAGAAGUUACCCUACCUAGAUAUGGCAUUAAAGGAAACACUUCGACUUUAUCCUGUGGGUAAGACAACUUUUCGCGAGACAAUUAAGGAUCACGUGCUCGGCGGUCACCUCAUCCCCGCUGGUACAGAUAUGAUGGUUAGUUUCUACGCGACGUCCAGGGCAGAGCAAAAUGUGAGAAACCCCAAAACGUUUAUACCAGAACGAUUCCACAGCGACAGCUUAGAGAAAUUAAGCAAAUAUGCCUCAACACCAUUUUCAGUUGGACCCCACACAUGUAUUGGGAAAAAGUUUGCUGAGAUAGAAAUUAAAAUCAUGAUUGCCAAGAUUAUGCAAAGUUUUGAUUUUGAACUUAUUCCUAACCAAACCAGUGAAAUUCAAGACAACGCUACAAUACAACCGAAAAGUGGCGUCAAAUGUUUCUUUCGCCCUCGAAGAAGCGGCAUCAGCGUAAUGGAAAAGACUUUAUAAAUCACUAUAUACGAUAUGUGAACUUAUAUAAAAUCCAACGGAUCCGUACAACUAACGUCCUAUGAAGUAAUCUUUUUCAAUGCUUUAUGCUUUGCUAUCGAAUUGUUACUUUCGAUAUUAUUUUCUUCCUUAAUGUGAAAGGGAGCCAACUCACAUUUCAAUAUUAGGUGUUUCUAUUAAACAAUGUGUAUGUAUACUAUUACGAUUUUCUUGACAGAAACAGGAUAUAGUUGUUUUUUGUUUCUGGUCGCCGAAAAUUUGAGACUCAAAUAGUUAAGCCUAAUACUGAUGCUGAGAGAAGAAAGCGAAGCAAAAUUAGUCUUAUGUAUUAGAGCUGAUUUUAAUUAAUGUAUAAUCAAGCAUUCCAAGUACUUUGUGCACAAUCAUUCGUUAAUCAUCAGAUACAAUUAAUACAUCAUGUCUUGCAGUUACGG